AUGGCUCAGGUUGCGCGAUCAGCCAAAGAACGAGCCCUUCAGAUUGUUGAGCAAGCAACGCGAAUUCGUUUGCAAGACGCCAGAGAUAAUAUUGGGGCGAGAACCACUGGUAGACUGGUCAAGAAGGCACAUAAUCAGACUGGUCACACACAAGGAGCGCUUGAGAGAGCCGCAAAACCACCACUUGGAUGGAUCUGGGGAGACUUUUUCCGACCAUGGCAACGAAUGUUUCCUGGUGAGAAGCAAUUCAACGCCGACAUCAAUAUUCGUCGCGAGUACAUUCCGCUCUCAUUGAUCGAAUUGGCUAGAUUAAUUGAUCUUGGCUGGGUUGACACAAAGCGACCAAUUGAUGUUUCGACACUGUGCGCAACAAAAAAGUUCAAAUUAAACCCAAGAAUCAGGCAAUAUGGCUUUGAUUUGACUGGUGAAGGGGCCGACGUUUUUCCUUAUGCGGUCGACAUUGAGGUUCAAUAUGCAACGCAAUCUGCGAUUGCCGCAAUUGAAAAAGUUGGAGGAAGAAUUCGAACAGCUUAUUUUGAUGCUCAAGCAUUGGAAGCAGCAGUCGAUCCGAAAUCAUGGUUCGAAAAGGGACUUGUGGUCCCGCAACGAAAAGCGCCGCCACCAAGUCUUAUAGGAUAUUAUGCGGACCCUAAGAAUAGAGGAUAUUUAUGCGAUGAAGAGACAAUUGAAGAAGAACGAAGAAAGUUAGCAGCUGUUCGCGGUUACGAAGUAGCCGAACUCAAAAUCAAAUCAGAAUUGAAACCAAUUAAUCAAGUAUUUCACGGCAUUCCUUCUGGCUCCGUCGUCUCUUUGGCUGAUAAGAAAGUUUUUGCUCCAACUAGUGAAUUGCAUCGCGAAUAUUACAACAAAAAGCGUGCCGAUAAAUUCUAUUCUUAG